GCGUGCACAUUAUUAAGCUCUUCCACUUCGGCACAUCCCCGGAUCAAUCGGCAACGGCGUUUCUCUUCAUCUUCUUGCUCCGGCGUGGUCUGGUCGCCGGCGUUACUGACGGCGACGGUUUUUGAAGCUGCAUUCAAGGAUAGGAUGGCGCCAGCGAUGGCUCUGAGGUUGCUGGUGGUGGUGGCGGUGGCGGCGGUGGUGUCCUGCGCCGUCGCCGCCGAUGAGGGGAGCGUCGUCGAGGUGUGGCCAAUGCCGGCGACGGCGAGCAAAGGCGGGCAGACGCUGCACGUCAGCAGGGAGCUCAGGAUGACGGCGGAGGGGAGCAAGUACGCCGACGGGGAGGCCAUCCUGAAGGACGCGUUCCAGAGGAUGGUGACGCUGAUAGAGCUGGACCACGUCAUCAAUGGCAGCUCCCAGGGCUUGCCGCUGCUCGCCGGUGUGAAUGUCGUCGUGCAUUUGCCCGGCGAUGAGCUCAACUUCGGGGUGGAUGAAUCAUACAAUUUGUCAGUGCCUGCAACUGGAAGUCCAAUUUAUGCUCAAAUUGAGGCCCAAACAGUUUUUGGAGCACUUCAUGCCUUGGAGACGUUUAGCCAAUUGUGUAACUUUGAUUUCACCUCAAGGUUAAUUGAACUUCAGUCUGCCCCUUGGAGCAUCACGGACAUGCCCAGAUUUCCUUAUCGAGGGCUUCUUAUUGAUACUUCAAGGCAUUACCUUCCUGUCCCAGUAAUAAAAAGCGUAAUCGAUUCGAUGACCUACAGCAAGUUGAAUGUUCUUCAUUGGCAUAUCGUGGAUGAACAGUCAUUUCCUAUAGAAAUACCUUCAUACCCAAAAUUAUGGAAUGGUGCAUACUCUUACUCAGAGAGAUAUACAAUGGAUGAUGCUAUCGACAUUGUUCAGUAUGCUGAACGACGAGGUGUCAAUGUCUUAGCUGAGAUUGAUGUUCCUGGCCAUGCUCUCUCAUGGGGUGUUGGUUAUCCGUCGUUGUGGCCAUCAGCUACUUGUAAAGAACCACUUGAUGUCAGCAGCGAAUCUACAUUCCAAGUGAUUAAUGGAAUUCUUUCAGAUUUCAGCAAGGUUUUUAAGUUCAAGUUUGUCCAUUUGGGAGGUGAUGAGGUCAAUACAAGUUGCUGGACUUCCACACCACGCGUUAAAGCAUGGUUGGCCCAACAUGGUAUGAAAGAAUCUGAUGCCUACAGAUAUUUUGUAUUGAGAGCUCAAAAGAUAGCAAAAUCACAUGGCUACGAAGUUAUUAACUGGGAAGAAACCUUUAACAACUUUGGAGACAAACUAGACCGCAGAACUGUGGUGCAUAACUGGCUUGGAGGUGGAGUUGCAGAGAAAGUUGUUGCUGCUGGUUUGAGAUGCAUUGUGAGCAACCAGGAUAAGUGGUACCUAGAUCACUUGGAAGUUACAUGGGAUGGAUUUUAUAUGAAUGAACCACUGAGAAAUAUCAAGAACCCGGCACAGCAGAAGUUGGUUCUUGGUGGUGAGGUAUGCAUGUGGGCUGAACACAUAGAUGCGUCUGACAUUCAGCAAACCAUUUGGCCACGUGCUGCAGCAGCUGCAGAGCGGUUGUGGACUCCGUUUGAGAAGCUUUCAAAGGAGUGGGAAAUAGCAGCGCUCAGCGCAAGACUGGCACGCUUCAGGUGCUUGCUGAAUCAUAGAGGGAUCGCUGCUGGACCGGUAACUGGUUAUGGACGUUCCGCGCCAGCAGAGCCAAGCUCCUGUAUAAAGCAGUAGGAUAUCCAAAGCAGAUAAAUAUUAUUAUUAUUAUUAUUCAUAUUGGACUGAAAAUCAUUUCAGACACCCAUUUAACCGCUGUAAGCAGAAGCAGUCAAAGGAAAAGGCUGGGGCCAAUGUAACUGAACUCUGAGUUACAAGAGAGUGUUUCAAUAAUAUUGCAUUCUCAUUUUCAUGUAGUAA